AUGUUAUUGGUGUGGCAAGCCAUUAUCAAUGACAUUCAAUCCUCUAAACCCAUUAUCAUUCCUAGGUGGUACCAUAAUAAUUAUUCAAAUCAUGUUGUUGACUUGUCAUUGCAUGGAUUUAGUGAUGCCAGUAAUAUAGCAUUUGGUUGUUGUAUAUACUUGUUGUGUUCCUUUGAUGAUGAGCACAAAAUAUGUUCACUUAUAACUGCUAAGUCUAGGAUUGCCCAAAUUAAAAAUACCUCUAUCCCCCGACUUGAAUUAAAGGCAGCCCUAUUAUUAGCUGAAACUAUGUCAACUGUUAAAAGAGAUUUAUACCUUGUACUUAAAUUUAAACAAAUAGUCUAUCUUGUUCCGGACACUUCUGCUGAAUCAUGCAUAAGAAGUUUACGGAGAUUUUUUGCGAAACGUGGCACACCUUCCGAAAUUCUCUCAGACAACGGAUCACAAUUCACCUCCAAUCUUACUCAAAACUUUACUUCAUCUCUCGGUAUCACGUGGCAUUUCAACAUCCCCGCUGCUCCGUGGUGGGGAGGGUUCUUUGAACGACUAGUUGGAUCCACUAAACGCUGCCUUCGCAAAAUAACACAUAAAGAUCAGCUUUCAUACGAAGAACUGUUAACAUUUCUUGCUGAAGUAGAAUCAAUAUUGAACAAUCGACCAAUCACGUUUAUGUAUGAAUCACCUGGAGACUUACCACUUACACCCAAUCAUUUAAUAUAUGGAAGAUCAACUAACUUUAAAGCUAUUAACGACAAAACUUAUGAAUUAAACUUGAACACCCGAAGUACAUACAUAGAAGAUACAUUAAAUCAUUUUUGGCAAAGAUGGGAAAAAGAGUACCUAACCGAACUUAGAGAAUUCCACAAAUGUAAGAAAAAUAGAGGGACAAAUAAAAUAGCCGUCGGCGACGUUGUACUGAUUCACGACUCAGACACAAGACAAGGUAAUUGGAAGACAGGCAUUGUUCAGAGCCUUAGUAAAUCAUCUGACGGACUCAUCCGUGCUGCCAAAGUUAGAUACAUUAUGAAUGGAAAAACAAUGUACAUUCAAAGACCUGUAAAUAAACUGUAUUUAUUAGAAGCAUUAGACGCCCCUAUUGAAACAAUGAAGAUCAAUUUCUGCGAUGAAAAGGACAUAAAACAUUUCGUUAUAAAUUAA